GAAGAAGGAGGCAUACUUGAACACCAUUGAGCAGAAGAUCUACAAUCUGAAGGUCGACCUUCAGGAAGAGUAUACCAAUAUCCAGAAGAAAUGUGACAUGCAGAAGAAGCAGAUCGAAAACGAGCUCAUCGAAGAGUUUGAGGCUCGCAAGAAGCUCAUGGACCAAGAGGCCAAAGAAGUAAGGCUCAAUUAUCAGCGGGAGUUCAAGUUGGUGGUAGAGCAAGAAGUUCAACAACGGUUGAAGGAGAUUCUUAUGACCCAGAAUUCCGACCUUAUAAGAAAGAAAUCGGAUCCCACUCGACAGAACCAGGACGUUUCCACUCCCCAGGCCAAAAACUUCCUCUAUCAGAACAACCAUCACUAUCUGAGUGAUAAGCUUGUGCUGCCAAACAAACCCCGGGGGCCCAAGGAACUAAUGGAUGAAAGCCCCACCCGAAGAACCCCUUUGAAGAUCCGUAACGACUAUGAUGAUUAUGAUUCCUAUAAAAACCACAAAAAUCCCCAGUCCCCGACCCGACUCCAGGGUAACAACUAUCGCAAGCGAAUCACCGAUGAGUUGGAACCACUUACCAUCGACAAGCGAAACAUUCCUGAGUACGAAGAGCUUUACCUCAGAAACAAAAACUAUCGACACUAAUCACUGCAUGGACCUUUAAUAAAAGCAUUUGAAUUUUAAUAUAUCAAUUGUGCCCAUAUAUAAUAUAUAUAUACUAGAUCCACUCUUUGGGUUUCACCCUCCCAUUUUGAGCAUAUGUUAUUGAACUCUCUAAUUAUCUUUACACCACUUACUUCUACUCUACCCACUUGCUUCUAGUUAGCACCUCGUACGCCUCUACGUACUUAGCCUUGGUUCUAGUCACAAUAUCCUCCGGCAUGGCCACACCGUCCUUGUACGCCAAACCAUUGGUAGUCAACCAGUCUCUCAAGAACUGCUUGUCAUAAGAGUCCUGAGACUUUCCAAGGGCAAAAUUGGCGGCAUUCCAGAAACGGGACGAGUCUGGCGUCAAAACCUCGUCCACCAACACCAAGUUAUCGUCUUCAUCCAACCCAAACUCGAACUUGGUGUCUGCAAUAAUAAUACCUUGGGUUUUAGCAUAUUCUUUGGCCACACAAUACAAUUCAAUGGCCUUAGUAGCCACUUUGUCACACAAUUCCUUGCCAACAAUCUCAGCCGCCUUUUCGGGCGAAAUGUUCUCGUCGUGUUCUCCUUGUUCAGCCUUAGUAGAAGGAGUGAAGAUUGGAGUGGUGAACUCUUCCGACUCUUGUAAGUCUGUUUGAGCAAUAGCCAACCCGUGCACGGUCUUGGACUUCUUAUACUCUUUCCAGGCAGAUCCGGUGAUGUAGCCCCUUACAAUCACUUCCAAUGGAAUAAGCUUCAUUUUCUUCACCAAAAGCGAUCUUCCAGCCAACUGAUUUCUAUACUUUGGUUCAGAUAAUGGCGCUGGUAAAUGCUUGAACAAGUUGUCAUCGCUGUUAUCAUUCAACGCUAAGUGGUUGGGAACGGUGUCCAGCAAAAAGUCAAACCAGAAUUCGGAUAAUUUGGUUAAGAUCUUUCCUUUCGAUGAGACCCCAUUAGCCAUUAUCACAUCAUAAGCAGAAAUCCUGUCCGUAGCCACAAACAAAAGAGUUUUGGCGUCCACCUCGUAGAUGUCUCUGACCUUACCUCUGGACAAGAGGGGUAAUAUACCAUCGAGCUCACGGCCAGAUCUAAAGUUCGGCGACAACUUAGAAGAACGGCGGUACUACUCGCGGUUCUCAGAUUUGCCCGCCAAGAACCCAAACCUCAUUAGGUUCACGGACCACAACAACAAGGACUAUUUCACCGCCAUAGACGAUGAUGCGACCUUGAUUGCAGACGCCAUUUUCAAAACCCAGUCUGUCAUCAAGACCAACCAGAACAACAAGAAUAAGUAUGUCACCAUUGCUCCCCAGGUGUUCUUAAACAAUGUCUUGAAGUAUUGUCUCAUCGAAAACAACUAUAAGGUUGAAAUCUACGAUCACAAAACGUUCUCGCUCAUUGCUAUGGGCACCCCAGGAAACCUUGAAGCUAUUUCCAACGAAUACAAUAUCGACUUGGAGAGUAUGGUUGCAGACGCAUCCUCUCCCGUGACCGCUGCCGUGAAAUUUCAACAACAGGGAACUGGAAAAAAGGUGGGGGUGUGCUUAGUUGACUUAUCCAACACUUCCAUCAGGGUGAGUGAGUUUGAAGAUAAUGACUUGUUUUCUAACUUGGAAAGUUUAUUGAUCCAGCUUGGCGUCAAGGAGGUUAUUGUGCCCUCUAACUACGACCCGGAGAACAAGCAACUUGGUGAUGUGAAUAAGUUGUUCCAGACCUUGGAUAAAGUUGGUGUAGUCAUGAGUACGUUAAAGGCGUCGUUCUUCAGUCCCAAAGACCUCGAACAGGAUUUGGUCAAGAUAUUGAGCAACGAAGACACCAACGUGGAAUUGAUUUUAGGUGCAAAAGGUAUUGCCUCCAACGACUACCAAUUGUCUUUUGCGUGUUUGAAUGCGUUGAUUGGCUACUUGGGCUUGCUCGGUGACGGGGAGGAAACGAAGACAUUUUCCAUCGACAAGUACGAUCUUGAAAGCUAUAUGAAGUUGGACUCUUCCACUUUGAAUGCGUUGAAUAUUUUUCCAAUCAAACAAUCUGGAGGCUACAAUAUGAACAUCAAGUCUAACCAGAUCAGCUCGAUCUUUGAAUUGUUGAAUAAAUGUAAGACCAACAGUGGUUCACGUCUUUUGUCCCAGUGGCUUAAACAGCCUCUUACUGACCAUAUCGCCAUAUCUGAGAGACAGAUGUUGGUGGAAAAAUUGAUCAACGAUACGAACUUGAGGGUGUUCAUCGAUCAAGAGUUCAUGAGCCAAGUCCCCGACAUCAAGAGACUCAUUAAAAGAAUCAAUUCCAACUUGAAGAAGAAUGGUCAGGAUAACAAGAAGUUGGAAGAUGUGGUCAGAUUAUACCAAUUAUUCCUUAACUUACCUAACUUGAUUGAAAUUUUGAAAAUGUCCAGCGAUGAUGAACUGGACUCAUUAAGAACAUUGAUUGAAAAGAACUGGUUGGAGCCGGUGACUGAAAAGUUCGAGAAGUUAAGACAGUUCCAAGGUUUGGUCGAGACCGCUAUCGACUUGUCGCCUUUAACUUCCGCUAACACUGUCAGCGAUUUGAAUACGGACUUCAAUAUUAAUCCUGAUUUUGAAAAGUCCUUGAAGGAUGUCAAUCGAAGGUUACUUCAAAAAGAGGGGGAGAUCAAGCAACAGCAUGAAUUGGUUGCCGAUGACUUAAACAUUGAUAUUGAUAAGAAAUUGAAGUUGGAAAACCACCAAAUCCACAACUGGUGUUUUAGAGUGACUAGAAACGAUUCCGUUGUUUUGAGAGGAACCAACUACACGGAGUUGCAAACCGUCAAGGCAGGUGUUUUUUUCACCAACAAAGAAUUGUCAGCUUUGUCCAAGGAACACGCCAGUAUCCUUCAGGAAUAUAACGACAAACAAAAGGAAAUAAUCCAAGAAAUCUUGUUGAUCACCUUGACGUUUGAAACCAUAUUUCUCGAGUUGUCGACGUCUUUGAGCCAGAUCGAUGUUUUAUUGGCGUUCGCAAACACUUCAAUUCUUUCCCCAAUUCAGUAUAUCAAGCCAAACCUCGUACCCUUGAGCGAGCGUAUUGACGAUGAAACUUUUGGCCAAAGAUUAGUUGACUUGAAGAACUCCAGACAUCCAAUCUUAGAGGCCCAAGACGACUUGAAUUUCAUUCCAAAUGACGUAAAAUUGUCCAAUAAGGAUAAAAGCUUUGCCAUAAUCACCGGACCCAAUAUGGGUGGUAAGUCCACCUAUAUCAGGCAAGUGGGAGUAAUAGCAUUAAUGAGCCAGAUUGGAUGUUUCAUUCCUUGUGAUGAACCCGGUACAUUACCGAUUUUUGACUCUAUACUCUCAAGAGUUGGAGCUGGUGACUCUCAAUUGAAAGGAUUAUCGACAUUUAUGAUUGAAAUGUUAGAAACCUCGUCAAUUUUGUCGAAUGCCACUCAUAACUCAUUGAUUAUCAUCGAUGAAUUGGGAAGAGGUACUUCAACAUACGAUGGGUUUGGUUUGGCGUACUCCAUCCUGGAGUACAUCAUCAAGUCUAAGCAGUGUUUCACAUUAUUUGCAACACACUUCCACGAACUCACCGAAUUAAACACCAAAUACGACAAGAUUCAGAACCUCCAGGUCAAGGCAUUGAUUGGAAACGGAGAAGAGAUCACGUUGGUGUACAAGGUUGAACCCGGUAUCUCGUCCAAAUCGUUUGGUAUCAAUGUGGCCGAACUUGUUAAGUUCCCGCAGAAAAUCAUCAAUAUGGCCAAGAGAAAGUCAAGUGAGUUACAACACGAAGAAGAGUGGAAGUCUUCGUGCUUCAAAGACAAUCGGUUAUUAUUUUCAACCGAUGAGACCAUCAAUAAGUUGAAACAGAUCUCCUCUGGUCACAAGGCUGCAGACGAUAAGUUUGUGUCAGAGAUCAUGGCCAUGUUAUAAUAAUCUUCCCAGCUAUAUAGCAAUAAAUAACCACAAGUCAAUAUCUAGUCAUGCUUAGCAUUUCUAAACUUGGCCAACCCAUCCUUGUCAUGGCAGUAGACAACAGGGAGACCAAACUUCCACUGGAAGUGGUAAAACCUUUCGGUUUUAGUCAAAAAGCACCUUAAAUAUUCUUCGUACACCAAAUAGUAAUACACUCCCAACCCAGUGAAUACGUGCCACCAGCCAUGUCCCUCUAAAACAAAGCCGUACGGAAUUCCCACGUUUCUUCGGAUCAGACGAAUGGAUGAGCAGAAGUGAAUGUCCAAAUUCCAAAAAAUGUAUCCCAACAAAAACAACCCUAUUCCCAAGGACAUGGUCUUGUGCAUGUUUGACCGAGCUACCGGAUCUGACACAUAUUUUUCAGUCAAUCUGAAUGAUUUGAAGAUGAUCACAAAGUUCAAUAUCCCAUAUGCUGCCUGAUGCAAAGUAGGGUCUUUGAACCAGACGUAUAUCAACGUCAAUAAAUUUGCACCCAUAAAGAUGCCCACGCCAAUCAUCACCGAAUCCUUCGGGUUUCUGAACUCACUAAACACCGACCAGAAGGGUACACAAGUGGCAUAGAUCAUGGGUAAUUCAUCCAAGAGUUGAAAGUGGUAUUUCAACGUCAUAUGGAACCACCAAGACCCGAUUCCCACGAGUAAGAACCCAAGUCCCGUGAAGAUAAACCGCCACUCGAGCUUGUUCUGUCGCGCAUGAUAGAUAGCAAAGAGGGCCAAUAGGAUAAAUACGGCAUUGGUGGUGGUGUUGAGAAACUCAGCGACAUAGUCUGACACCACGUAGUUUUCCUCACACCAGUCGAUGGUAGAGGUGAUAUCUCCCCAGUAUCCCAACUUCUGUUCUUGGGGAUAUUCAAUUGCAAAGAGCCACAUGUUAAUUGGAAACUUUUAAGGUUGGAAAAACCAAGUCAUAUAUAAAGCUGGUGAUGUUUAAAAUGAUAUUGCUAAUCAGUUUGCCGGCCCGUGCGGGUGAUGUUCGCAUGUUUGCAGCAUUUUGCAUCCGCGACUACUUCACCAACAUCAUCCACCAAGGUUCCUCCAACCGAAACAGGCUUUGUGACAAUGUAUAUAGGUGACUCAAAUUAAACAGUGGUGAUCCCGUGGUCAUUUGUGGAUCCAUCAAAAGGGAAAUUUUGUCAAAUUUAAACGGUUUUGUGGCUGCAAGAAGCAUAUGUCCACUGCUCAAUUGCGGCAAUAUGUCAGAGCAUUGCCAUCUAUUGUGUCCCUGCGGUCCACCUUCCGUCCCCGCAGUCCACCUUCCGUCCCCAUACCAAAAUAUUUAUACGGUCUAUACAUAAUAAAUAAUCUCUCCACUAGGCAGCCUUCUGCUGCUCGCCCAACGCUUGGUUUUUCAAAUACAAUGCAUAUUUGGACGUCAGAUGAAUCCCACACUCCGUUUUGGCCUUCCCCUUCCAUCUACCGCUUCUCUCAUCUUCUCCAUCGGCAACAGGUUCUGUUGAAUGCCAGUCUCCCACAGAUUUGUAUCCCAAGUUCAACAACUCGUUGUAAGGAACACUGUUUUCAGUGACAUACUGCUGUACCUGGUCAAACUUCCACGUCAAAAAUGGGUUGAUCUUGAUGAUAUUGAACUCGUGAUCAAUCUCCACAAAUGGUAAAUUGCUUCUGUCUCCACCUUGACUACCUCUUCUCCCCGUGAGAACAGCAUUAAUAUUCAACUGUUUGUAUGCUCUUUGCAACGGUUCCACUUUGACGAGGAAAUCGUACUUCAAGUCGUCGGUUUCCCACAAGCUGCCAUGUACGUCGGUGAACUGUUUCUCCGUGUCAAAUCCAUUGGGUUUGAACACAGUGACACUCUUACCGUAUUUCUGUUCAACUUUGUCCACAAGCUCCAAAGUCUGGGGGAAGUGGAACAACGUAUCAAUGAACACCAAGUCCACCUCAAGAUUCAUUUUAGAGAUCAUAUCGAUGGUGACAAGCCCAGUAAGACCAAAAGCUGUAAUUUGGUAAAGCUGAGGAAAGGUGAUAUAGCUCCACCGAAUAAUUUCCUGGGGUGUGAGCUGGGCGAGCUGCUGGUUAAUAUGUGUUAGCUGCUCGGGGGUGAUGUGUAUGGACAUUUGAGGACGUGGUUGAGAGUACGGUAUCGCUGGAGAACAGUUUUAUGAUUAUUAAUUGGGCCUGUGCAGUUGCAUAGAAUUCGGCGGCGCGCAGUCACAUGACAUGGCGUUUGGAGGAGAGAUGAGCAUCAAUAUUAUCUUAAGAAAAUCGAUAAAUUGCUAUGGUGGAGUGUUCGCACC